UCAUAUUCCAAAAGGACAUCCCCAGCUGCAGCCAAGGCUUUGGAUGGUACAUCGUCUAUCAGCUGGUUAUUCUUCACCUUACAGUCUACGACUCUGCUCAGCCACCCACCCACAUUUGCCGUCAACUGUCGAUCUCCGCAGGCUCCGCGGUGAGCCGUCAUUCCUCUCAGAUCAGGCUUCUGGUUUUUUUUUUCUUUUUUGGCCCUAUUGAUGCGACUAUACUAUAUGCUCUAAGUUGGAAACAUUCUGCGGGCGGGAGUUGCCCAGAAACGAUAAGAAAUGCCAGUGCUGCCUCGGUUCGAUGUCGCCCAUCGGAAUUCUACCCAGACGGCUCAGAAUUCGUCCAAUAAUGGCUCGUCCAACAAUAAGGAUAUCAUUAUUAUUACCGCCACGGUGGUGAUAUUUGUUGUCUCUUCUUCGGUAAUGGCCUUCUUCCUUCUUCGCGCCCUUCGCCGAAUGAAUUGCCGACCAAAAUACAUUCCGGGGAAGUACCUGAAAGAGAAAUGGAAUCAGUGGUCUCCGGGGGCAUCUUACGGACGAGUUGCCGGUGGAUCGGCUCCGAAUCGGGAUCCCGAGGAUACCGCAUAUCAUGGCGCAUCAGCUGCGGGAGUACGAAAUACAACGGCCACUGCUGAGAUGAACCGGGUGCAUCGAGACACUUCGAUCCGUUCCGUCAUGACGCUUCCCGCCUACACGCCGAGCCCGAAACCGACAGAGCAGGUUAUAGCUCGGGAGGGAGAGCGAGGCGGCAUGGAUGUCGUCAUUGAGUUUCCGGAGACGGCAGACCAGGAGGAAUCACGCCGCGAGGGACAUAUGGAGGCGCUGUAUCAGAUUCGUCUCCAGCGUCGACAGGAGAUUGCCGAGCGAGAAGCUCGGCGAAGGGAACGCCAGGAAGCUCGUGCCCGGGGCGACCAUGCUCGUAUCGACCAGAUGCGAGAAGAAGCUCGCGCUCGUCAGUCAUUCGGGAACUCCAGUCGCGCGGCUGCUGCCGCCCUCGCAGACCACCAGGCUCGGGCGAGGGAGAGGCGCAUAUCCAGUGUCAGUUAUGCGGAACUGGGAUAUGUACGACAUGAUGGGUCACGGGUUCGGGCCGCAUCGCCAGACUCGGAUCGGUCACCUCUGUUACAGAAUCCGGCGGCGGCCGACGACGAACACUCCCAUCCUGCAAGCCUUCAUUCCCGCGACGAAUCAUUUACUUCGUCAAUCGUUCCUCUCGCCACUAUGACGCCAGAUGGCGAUAGCAAUAGCCUAACCCCUGUGGCGACAGAGGAAGAAGAUGAUCUCGGGGCACAACACAUCCCACCUCCGCAGUAUGACGACCUAGACUGGGGCGACGCACCGGCAUAUGAGAGCCCCAUCGCAGGGCGAGGCGAGAUUCCUCCUCUCCAGCUACCUAUCGAACACAUCCCUGUGCCUACCAUCCACAUUGAUAUCGCUAGCCCAGUGAACAGCCAGGGUCCGAAUACCCCCUUAAACCCUCAUCAGAGUGAGCCAGAGCCAGCGACUUCCGCCACCGCUACGAGCCAUCCGAUUCCAGAGCCAUGAUAAUGACCAUAAAGCCUAUUUCCUUGAAUGAAGAUCUUUCUAAUCAUUUCUUUCCUAUAUAUACAUACACUCUUUCAGUGAUAUAUUGGGAGGUUGACAGUGCUUAUUAUGACGGUGGUUCAUCUGAUCUUAUGAAUCUUCACUUGCUCUUUUAUAACUGAUUCCUUGCCUUCCCUCUUAAUGAUGGGUUUUUGGAAACUGUUCACACUUAGCAGCAUGGCGCCCCAGGUGUUUAGUCCAGUAAU